AUGGCCUGGACACAUUAUCAACGCAUUUUAGCUAUUCUUAUGGUUGUUACUGGUUCAUUUAAUACUCUCUCUGUAAAAUAUGCAGAUAAACAAGUUGUGCCUGGACAAGAUGGAAUACCUCGUCAUUUUAAUCAUCCUUUUAUGCAAUCUUCAUUUAUGUUCUUGGGUGAAAUGUUAUGCUUUUUCAUUUUUAAAAUUGCAUAUUGUUACUACAGUCGUAAGGAUGAUGGUUCUGUAGAUAAUAGUACCUUAACUAAAGGAUCUCGCAGCUUCAAUCCAUUUGUCUUAUUUAUACCAGCUAUGUGUGAUAUGUUAGCAACUUCUAUUAUGUACGUUGGUCUCAACAUGACUUAUGCCAGCAGUUUUCAAAUGUUGCGUGGUGCAGUUAUAGUUUUUACUGGUAUUCUUUCAAUGGGAUUCCUUGAUAGAAACUUAGGUAGAAGAGAAUGGAUAGGAAUUGUAUGCGUUUUAAUAGGUUUAGCGCUUGUUGGCAUAAGUGAUAUAAUGGUUAUGAAAGAUGAUGACGUUAACCUGAAUUCUAUUUUAACUGGAGAUUUAUUAAUAAUUUGUGCGCAGGUAAUAACAGCAGUUCAAAUGGUAAUAGAAGAAAAAUUUGUUGCUGGUCAAGAUAUUCCUGCUUUGCAAGCAGUUGGUUGGGAAGGUAUUUUUGGAUUUAUUGGUAUAUGUCUGGUUAUGAUCCCUCUUAAUUUUAUUUAUGCACCACCACCAUUUGCGGAUAAUUCACGAGGAACUCUUGAAGCUACUGCGGAUGCUUUUGUACAAAUUGGAAAUAGUGGCAGAUUACUAAUGGCAAUAGUUGGAAUAGCAUUCAGUAUAGCAUUUUUUAAUUUUGCUGGUAUUAGUGUCACAAAAGAAAUCAGUGCUACAACAAGAAUGAUUUUAGACAGCAUACGAACGAUUGUUAUAUGGGCUUUUUCAUUGCAAUUUAAAUGGCAAGAUUUUCAUUAUCUCCAGCUCAUUGGUUUUGCAAUUCUUUUAAUUGGAAUGUUUUGUUAUAACAAUGUGUUAAUUCCACAAUUGGUAAAAAAAUGUCAGUUCUGCUUAAUAAGAAAGAAACGCGCUACUGAUGAGGAAAGCAUUGUUAACAUUGCUGCAGAUGUUCUAGAAAAUAUAUAA